AUGUCCUCCCCCUCAUCCUCAUCCUCGAGUGUUACACUCAUGGUCAUUGCCACCAAUGUCGGUGAAUAUUACAAGCACUGGGGCCUACUCCUCGACGACUCCGACAACCCUCAACCGGGCGACAACUUCCUCCAGGUCAAGGGCCCUCUGGGGGCUCAACGGUACGAGUCAGAAAAGGUCGUGUUUCAUAAAGUGCCAGGAUUAGUGGACCUGGCUUACCUUUGCGAAGUCAAUGUCAACCUCCUCAACACGAUCCGCGAAAUUGCUCGGAAAGUACCCCUCAACAAUGACAUUCCCGUUUGGAACUCUCAGGAUUAUGUGGUCUCGUUGUUGGAUAACCUGGAAGCCAGGGGGAUUUUGGAUUCUACUGAUAAAAACUACGCGAGACAAAAGCGCCACGUUUGCAACAUGCGGCAGGGCGUGAAUUGGAAGGUCUGGUAG